GUCGCUGAGAGAGUGACGUUCGUGCGGUACCGGAUCGGUCUGUCCAGUACGUGCGGUCGUACCACGCAUGCACACGUGUGUCGCGCGCACCGCCCCGAUUAACAAUAUGCACGACACGAAUCCGUUCUGAUCGGACGACCGCAACUCCGCUUGUCGACGACGAUAAAACAACAAAAAUCAAAAAAAAAAAAAUUCUUCCAACAAAACCGGCGAUGUGACGCGCGUAAAUCGCUCGAGUACGGUGCGUGCGUGUGAAUCCACGUGACGAAUCGACGGACGGCAAAAAGAUUGACUGCUUCAUUUUCAACAAGCCCCCAAACGACAGAAACAAGAAGAAACUGCCUCGAAAAUUUCCCCGAAAAAAUAUUCCCAAGAUACUCGAUUAUAAAUGUUCAGUUUUGUGGCCGAUCGAAUUUUCCACAACAGAAAAUCGAAUAAAUUUAAGUAGAAAAAAGAAGUGCAAAUAAAAGUGGCUAAAAGUGGAGUGUUGUUAUCGUGUCUCAAGGUUGCACGAAGUUUCCAGAUAAGCGGAAAUAGAGACUAAUUCUUAUGGUUUUCAUGGACGAAUGCCGAACCAACCCGAACAGGUGGACGGGCGCUCCCCGACCUGGAGUUCCUGCAUCUCCAACCGCCCCAGAGGCGGAAGGACCUCCAGUUCAAAUGGAACCGGUGGACCUGAGCGUGAAGACGCCGGUGGUGCUGCAGGUGCCGAAAUACCCGGCCCAAAGACUAAGGAAUCCGCCGCCGUCGUCGAAGCUGCAACAACCUCCAGACAUAUCUGAAAGCGCCAUAAAGUCGCAGGACCUGCUCAAUUUGGGCGACACGUCCCGCAGCCUAGCCUCCACUGCCGCCCUGUUAGCCUUACAGCGCAUCAAAGGCACCUCCAUUUCGAUAACACCGCAUCACCCGUUGGAGCCACCCGCCACCAAGUCGACGAACAACAACGUCGGCGAGGAUAAGUCGCCGGACCAGAUGCGCAGACGGAAAACACAUCGGUGCGACGUGGCCGGCUGUCACAAGGUGUACACGAAAAGUUCGCACCUGAAGGCGCACAAGCGGACGCACACCGGCGAAAAGCCGUAUCAGUGUUCGUGGGACGGUUGCACGUGGAAAUUCGCCAGGUCGGACGAGCUGACGCGACACUACAGGAAGCACACGGGCCAGAAGCCGUUCAGCUGCAACCUGUGCCAGAGGUCGUUCAGUCGGUCCGACCACCUGUCCCUGCACAUGAAACGGCACUGAUUUCGGAUGUACAUCCGUAGCUUAGGUCAAUUUGUUUUCAUGCAGCUGUAGUCAAUUAUAAUCGGCGUUUAAUACUCAAUUUGUUGUGGUGCUAAAAAACGGUACAAAAAACUAUGAAUAACAAUGUACAGAUCUGUAAAUUAUAUGUAAACUGGUGUCAGUAAAUCUUCCAAAUAAUUGUUAAGCUAUGAAACCCCCUGUUACUAGUAGAAAUUUAUAUUAUACAUAAUGUUUAUACUUAAGAGAGGUAUUAUAAUGUAAAUAGAAUAUUUAUUUUAACUUAGUUGUACAUUUAACUUGUAAAAAACAUUUUUUUAUAUAAUCGGCCAGUUGUAAUCUAAUCUAAAUGUUUUUAGUCAAUUUAAUCUGCCUUUUUAUUUGAAAUUACAUAACUCACGCACUUUAAAAGUGUACUAAUGAGUUGAGGUACGGAUUCCUAAAGUUCUACUAAUUUAAUUAAUUUUAAAUAGUAAUUUUAGUUAAUUAAUUAAUUGUAAGUAGGUAAAUGAAUGAAUAACUCAAGCCAGUAUCAAAUGGCCAGUAAUUUAGCCAUAAUUCACGGUUGAUUUUUAUUGUUUUAACAUUCCAACAAUCGUUUUUUUGGAUCUCUAACUAUAUUUUAUUUUUAUAGUUUUAAGAAUAGUUGAUGUUUUUGUAUUAUACAUAGUAGAUUUUUUUGUAUUUAUAUGGCAUUCGCUAGGGCAUUUCUUUUUUAGUCAUUCCAGACAAUAAAACAAUAUUAUACAUAUGUUAUAUUUUAUAUAGAUGGGAUUUAUGUAUACAUAUAUAUUUAUUAUGUUAUGUUAAUGUUAAGUUGUUUCAAUAAACAGCAUGGAAGGGUAAA